CGCGCAGCCGACCCGCUUCCGGAAGCCACGGGCAACAUGGCGGCGUCUGAGGAGCACGAUUCUCCUGAAGAUCCCCAGCCCGCGGCGGCGGAGGAGGAAACUAAAACUUUCAAAGACUUGGGUGUGACAGAUGUAUUGUGUGAAGCUUGUGACCAGUUGGGAUGGGCAAAGCCCACCAAGAUCCAGAUGGAGGCUAUUCCUAUGGCCUUACAAGGUCGUGAUAUCAUUGGGCUGGCAGAAACUGGUUCUGGAAAAACAGGGGCCUUUGCGUUGCCCAUUCUGAAUGCGCUGCUGGAGACGCCCCAGCGCUUGUUUGCCCUGGUUCUCACCCCCACCCGGGAGCUGGCCUUUCAGAUCUCAGAGCAGUUUGAAGCCCUGGGGUCCUCGAUUGGAGUGCAGUGUGCUGUGAUUGUAGGUGGAAUUGAUUCAAUGUCCCAGUCUUUGGCCUUGGCAAAAAAACCACAUAUUGUAAUAGCGACUCCUGGCCGAUUGAUUGACCACUUGGAAAACACAAAAGGUUUCAACUUAAGAGCUCUCAAGUACUUGGUCAUGGAUGAAGCAGACCGGAUAUUGAACAUGGAUUUUGAGACAGAGGUUGACAAGAUCUUGAAAGUGAUCCCCCGAGACCGGAAAACAUUUCUCUUCUCUGCUACCAUGACCAAGAAGGUGCAAAAACUUCAGCGAGCAGCUCUGAAGAAUCCUGUGAAAUGUGCUGUUUCUUCCAAAUACCAGACAGUUGAGAAAUUACAACAAUAUUAUCUUUUUAUUCCCUCUAAAUUCAAGGAUACCUACCUGGUUUAUAUUCUAAAUGAAUUGGCUGGAAAUUCCUUUAUGAUAUUCUGUAGCACCUGUAACAAUACUCAGAGAACUGCUCUGCUACUCCGAAAUCUUGGAUUCACAGCUAUCCCUCUGCAUGGACAGAUGAACCAGAGCAAGCGCCUGGGAUCCCUGAAUAAGUUUAAGGCCAAGGCUCGUUCCAUCCUUCUAGCAACCGAUGUUGCAAGCAGAGGUUUGGACAUCCCUCAUGUGGAUGUAGUUGUCAACUUCGACAUUCCAACUCACUCGAAGGAUUACAUUCAUCGAGUAGGUCGAACUGCUAGAGCUGGGCGCUCUGGGAAGGCCAUUACUUUUGUCACACAGUAUGACGUGGAACUCUUCCAGCGCAUAGAGCACUUAAUUGGGAAGAAACUGCCUGUCUUUCCAACGCAGGAUGAUGAGGUUAUGAUGUUAACAGAACGUGUGACUGAAGCCCAAAGAUUUGCCCGAAUGGAGUUACGGGAACAUGGCGAAAAGAAGAAACGCUCACGAGAGGAUGCUGGAGACAAUGACGACACGGAGGGCGCUAUCGGAGUCAGGAACAAAGUGGCUGGAGGGAAAAUGAAGAAACGGAAAGGCCGCUAAUCACUUUCACAAGGACUUGGAUUCUGCUCUGUCUGUAAGCAGGGAUCGAGGAGGAGAAUGAAACGCCCCCACCAGCGCUCCUCAGCCCGGAAUCCGUCGCAGUCCUGUCCAGAAGUGGCUCAGCUAAUGGGGCACGCGUGCCCCUUUCUUUGUGUUGGGUGGCAUUGCUGCCGGGCGACGUUUACGGGGCUGAUGUCAGGACUCACUGUUCUUCACUUUGGUUCCUUGCUUGUGACCUGAGUGCGAUGUGCCCUGCUCUCACUUUACACAGACCUUUUGCCUUUUUCAGCUGCAGGUUAAGGACUUGGGCGAUGAGAUGCGCUGGCAGUCGUUGUAACGCAAAGAUGACUGGACAUUCCUAGGUGGUAUUUAAGCUGGCUUAGCUUGUGCUUCACUGGGUUUGUAAAACAAUAAACUUAAAUGUUAUUUUUAAAAGA